AAGCCAUUUUAGAAAAAACUUCAUAUCGCGAAUGGGAAUUGAAAAGUUGGACCAGGUUCUUCAAUAAAACAAGAUCCGAUGAAUCACUGCAAGCAUGUCAUGUAUCAUUUGUUGUUGAAUUAAAAACGUUAAUAGAAAAUUUAAAACCUGAAACGCAUGAAGCAAAGAAAGCUCUAGCUUUGAAAUGA